AUGGCUUCGCAGAACGCCGACCCCGCCGCCGUGCCCAGCGCGGCCGCCCGCAAAGCGGCUGAGGCGGGGGCCACGGCGGCCCGCGGCUCGGUGGGGAAGAGGCUGCAGCAGGAGCUGAUGGCGCUCAUGAUGUCCGGGGACAAAGGCAUCUCCGCCUUCCCCGAGUCCGACAACCUCUUCAAGUGGAUCGGGACCAUCGACGGCGCGGCCGGCACGGCCUACGAGGAGCUGCGGUACAAGCUGUCGCUGGAGUUCCCCAGCGGGUACCCCUACACCGCGCCCACCGUGCGCUUCCUGACGCCCUGCUACCACCCCAACGUCGACACCCAGGGCAACAUCUGCCUCGACAUCCUCAAGGACAAGUGGUCGGCCCUCUACGACGUCCGCACCAUCCUGCUCUCCAUCCAGAGCCUGCUGGCAGAGCCGAACAUCGAGAGCCCCCUGAACACGCACGCCGCCGAGCUCUGGAAGAACCAAGCCGCCUACAAGAAGUACGUGCGGGAAACGUACGCCAAGCAGGCCAAGAGCCAGGAAACCUGACCUGCACCGCCUCUCCUCGUCGUACCCGGGUCUCUGCCCGCUCCCUGUCCGGCCACUCCCCCCGGCUUUCUGUAUCAUAGGCUGUUUUUAAAUUAAUUUUGUAGUCCGAGCCACGGUUAAUGUAUAAAUAAAUGCAUGUUUAUAACUUUC